AUGGGCGUAUCUGGGCUUCUCCCCCUUCUCAAAUCUAUACAGAAGCCAAUUGAGCUCAAAAAGUACCAUGGCCAAACGUUCGGCGUCGACGCGUAUGGGUGGCUCCAUCGUGCCGCCUACUGCUGUGCCUUGGAGCUUGGUCAAGAUAAGCCCACACAGAAGUACCUGAAUGCUGCAAUGACGCGGGUUCGCAUGCUUCGUCAUUUUGGUAUUACACCUUAUAUGGUGUUCGAUGGUGACUUUCUCCCCAGUAAAGCUGCAACGGAGGAUUCUCGCGCCAAGAAAAGAAAUGAGAAAAAGAAGAUGGCCAUGGAAUUGUUGCGAUCUGGGAAGCCUGCGCAGGCUACACAAGAGUUUCAGAAGUGUAUCGACAUCACCCCCGAAAUGGCAUCGGCUCUUAUUCAACUACUCAAGAAGCUCGAUAUUCCUUACGUUGUCGCCCCUUACGAAGCUGACGCUCAGCUUGUGUACCUCGAACGACAGGGCCUCAUCAACGGCAUCAUCUCUGACGACUCAGAUCUCCUCGUCUUCGGAGCCAAGAAGCUUCUGACCAAGCUGGACCAGUAUGGCAACUGUAUUGAAAUCAACCGCAAGGACUUUUGCGCAUGUCGUGAGGUUUCAUUAACUGGAUGGUCUGAUACCGAAUUUCGACGAAUGGCAAUCUUCAGUGGAUGCGAUUAUCUGGAUGGACUCCCAGGCGUUGGCUUGAAGACGGCAUACCGUAUGCUUCGCAAAACUAAGGCCCCAGAGCGGAUAGUGCGCAUGGUUCAGUUUCAGGGAAAGCGGGUAUCGGAAAACUACUUGACGCAGUUCUACCAGGCCGAGUUGACGUUCCUGCAUCAAUGGGUGUUUUGUCCUACCAAACGUGAGCUGGUCCAUCUCACGGAGCUGGAUGGAACACGGACCGCGGAUGAGAUGCCGUUCAUCGGUGCUUUUGUCGAGCCCGAGACAGCGCGUGCCAUCGCCAGAGGCGAUAUGAACCCCAUCACCAAGACUAUGAUAAUUAAUACAACAGCAACGACUCCCUCAAAGAGAAGGCAUUCGCAGCUAGGUACUAAUGCCGUGGACCAACCUCGGCCGGAGAUGAAACCUAUCAGUUCUUACUUCAGGGGACACAGCCGAAUACCCAUGGGCGAGAUGGACCCCAAUUGCUUCGAAGUCGAUCCCCAAAGAAUUUCGCAGAUUACUGGAGGAGGUUUAGUGCCUCGUGUAUUCCCACUUCCGAGACCUUAUUUGGAUGAAACAGGUCGGUCAGCCUCAAGCGGUUCCCAACAGUCUGAAGCCAACCAUGCGCGUACAUCACCACGACUUCACCGUCGCCGUACUGAGCCUGUCUCCAAUUUGAUCAGAAGUUUCAGCGAUGCUUCCACUACCACGAGGCGCACGCCUUCUGUCAGCACUAAACCUAGCUCUUCUGCGCCAUCAAACGACCCUGCCAGUCGACCGCCCAAGAAGGCGCGUCUGUGUGAGGAUAAUGAGAUGGGCCCCGAUGAGGCUCUACCACCACAAAAGAGCAAGUUCUUCCCAGUACCUCAAACAAGGAAAAGUCCAAGGCGAGCGAAGAGUGACGCCUACCUCUUAUCCGACGAUUCACUCGAUGAGGCGCUUAUGGCGUUGCCCGACUUUGACGGCUGGGAACCCGCUGACAAGACUCAGCGGGGCGUUUCGGUAUUCGUGGAGAAAGAGAGUCAAGGGACUGCAACGAGUGCAGAAAGCGACCAGUUCUUAUUCUCAUUCUCCAAAGACAGUGAAACCCCUUUGUCAUCCUUCGAGGGCUCUAUGCCCCCGCCCUCCUCUGCCGCGUCUCUGUCGCAGACCUCAGCUACUCCCGCUCGACCAGACAUUCGCAAAUUCUCAUAUUCAAACCCGACAGAAACACCUGCUUCGGCUACAUCGCAACGCUCUUCCGUCUUUAGUGCUGCAUCCACCCCCUCUACGGCACCAUCAACGGCUGCUUCCCGCAUGACGCCUCUGCAACGUCUGGGAGCUCGUGCUAUGAAGGCUCCAAUGUCACCUAAGCUGCCCAAGCCACGCGACAGCUUUGAUAGGCAGUUCCUUUCGGGUGUACCCGUCAACCCGGCUUUUGUGCCCUUGCCUAAGGUUGACCUGGAAGAGGUUGCAGACCUUAACAAAUGUGGCAGUGAAGAUCAAAUCAUCCCCGCAAGUGACGAGGAAGAUGAGGACGAGGACGAAAUUGACCUCCCGCCCAAGAAACUCAAUCUCUCACGUUUUGCUUUCGUAUAG